UAUGGUCUACCUCACAUGCACGAAUAGACCAAGCUGUUUGACUUACUAUCAUCGUACGGAUGGCAAAACGGCUGUUUGACAGGGACGCUUUUGAUGAAAAAGAAGCGAGGUCCCUCACCUCGUCAGCUGUGGGCGUGGUCUUGGUCGGACUUGACGGGUUUGAGGAAGAACAAGUGAGGCAAGCAGGAAUCGAUGUGCCACGAGGCUUAGAUUCCGGUCAAGAGGCGGUAAGAUUAGAACUAGCGACUCUAAUACGUCGUAUGGGCGACGAACUCGACCGUGACCCUCAAUUCACACGGUCAAUAGACAGAGUUCCCGUCAGAGAUCCUCAAAAAGGAUACGAGCUGUUUCGAGACGUUACAUGGGAAGUCUGCUUUCGUUCCAGCGGCAUCACAUGGCGUAGAAUAGCCGCCGCCUUUGUGCUCGCCGGGAAGUUGGCCGCCAAAGUUUUACGUGAAUUCUCAACAGUUGUGGAGAGAAUUCGUCGAUUUAUUAGUCUCAUACUCGAUUGGAUGUGCCGUUUCAUUCGUGAGUAUUUGUGGAGUUGGAUAGCUGGCAGUGGAGGAUGGAAUAGUUUGAAGGAAGCUGAAGAAAACAAGGGACCAGGUCGUUCUUGGAUAAACUCAAUUGUGCCUGUGGGGAUUGGAGCACUUGCUGUUGGCUUGAUGUUUGGGUAUUUCUUUGCCAGGCAUCAUUGAGUUAUUCAAAUGCUCCACAAGCCUACGAGAGUUUAAUUAACUUGUAUAGUGACUCAUCGUUCUAAAGAUAAAUUUGUGUAGGAGAUACUGCUUUGCUGGUACAGCUUUAUUUGGUGUUUUCAGAUAGUGUUUACAAUAUCCAUGAACAUAUGGAAAUGUACUCAUUGAGAUAAACAGUGUAAUAUUUACUUAGAAAGAAUUUGUAGGUAAAAAGUUUAUCAUGUGCUGGGAUUGUGCCAGCCAAUUUGACAAAGGGCUUCAAGAGA